AUGGAAUCGGCCGAUGCAAGCGGACCCGCGUCACUCUUACUGCCCCCCACAUCACCCCUCCUCGCAUCCGCCUCGUACGGCCCGAACAGUGGCAGCUUCGGCAACAAGAAAGCUCCCCCGCCGACGGGCAACCCGCAGUCUCAUGGCUCGCUGGCCUGUACCCCGGUGUCGCUGCGCCCCAAGGGACACUACCGCUCGUCGUCGCUGGAGAACAAUCCGUUCCACCUUCCGGGCGCCGGUGGCGCUAAGCCUCAGAUGAUUGGCCUCAGCAUCGCUCCGACCAGCUUCACCGGGACGCUCAAGUCGCGCCGGGAGCAAAAGCGCAUCUCCGAUCUCCUCAGCAAACAGUCGUCGACGGGCGGCCCGAGCGGAGCCUCCUUGACCAGCGGCGGCACCGCACGGGACGCGGCCUCGUCCCAAUCCGAGAGCAGCCUGCGGAAGGCACACUUCGAGAACAUUCGAGAAAUUUUCGAGAAAAACAAUAGCAAAAAUGCGGCCGCCCAGCAGUACCCGUCGAAGGCCAAACCGGCCACGUCGGCCGCCGUGAUGACGAGUGUGGCGGGCGAACCGAGCGGCGGCGGCCACUCCUCAUCACUCGGCCUGCCUGGGAUUGGGAUCGAUGAUAAACCGCCCAAAAUACAGGCGUGCAGCGGUAUCCUAGGCAAGGGCAAACAAGUGAUCCGACCGAUUGCCUUCAAACCAGUUCCUUACAAAUGUAACACACCAAAUUACGGCGCCGCCAUCGGUGGACGCCUCACAGAGCUGAGCGAUCGGUACGGUUCGACCCCGUCGCUGGGACCCUCGAUGAGCAUGCAGUACAAAUUCGGCAGCACUACCGAUCUACACCAUCUGCAGCAGCACCACCACCACCAGCAGCAGCAACAGCAACAGCAGCAGCAGCAGUACCAUUACCACCAGGGCAGCGGAGGUAGCAAUGGGUCGACCCCGGUUGCCGUGCUGCCCCCAGGAUCGAUGAUGAGCAAUAGCUAUCAUCCGCACUACACGCACCAUCAGUACGGUACGCUGACGCGGAAGGGUUCGUCGAUACCUUUCAAAACCUACGACAGUCUGGAGUCCAUUCUGAAGCUACCGGACAGCAUGGUGGCUUCCUAUCCGAACGCCAGCCACGGACUCUUCCACCAGGACAUGGCACCGUCCCCGUCGGACUCGGGCAUCUCCGAGCUGGAAGCGGCGCUGCGCGACCGUGACUCCGAGCUGGCCUACCUGCGGCAGACGAUGGAGCACAAUGAACAAGUAAUAUUCAAAGUUCAUCAGGACAAGGAGAAACACUGGGAACAGGAGCUGAACCGGCUGAAAGCGAUCCACGAGGGACGGCUGCGGGCCGGCGCCCAGAAGGUACACAAGCUCGAGCAGCUACUGAUGAUGCAGACGUUUCAGCUGCGGCAGGACAAGAAGCGCCUGCAAGAGGACAACGCCCGUCUGCAGACGGAUAUCGCGCUGGUGAAGGACCAAAACGAGCAGCACAAGUGCGAGCUGGGCCAGGCGAAACUGAGCGCCAAGGACCUGAAGGAGCAGAACGGCGAUCUACUCGACGAGAUCCAGAUGCUGCGGCGUGUGGUCAGCGAUCUGAAGGAGCGCCUGGAGGAGAGCGAGUGGAACCUGUGCCAGAAGAAUGGUGAAAUUGCGCUCAUGAAAACGCAGCUCAAGGAGGCCCAAACCGAAAUGGAAGCGAAAGAUCAGGAUAUCGUGCAGCUGAAGGCGGACUUGAAGCUGCAGAACUUCGACGACAUUAGUUUGAAGAAAUCCGAGAUCAAGAAGGAACUCGAUUUCGAUCUGGAAAUUUCGCAGCUCAAUCGCAUCGUCAUCUUCAAGGAUCAGAUCAUUGUGCUGAUGAACAACGAAAUACAGAAGUUACGCAAGGAACUGUCUGACAUUUCGAUCCUGCGAGGCUACGAGGGAGCGCCGACGGGCCGUUACACGCGCUACCGAAAGAAGCUGGAGCUGGUGGCACAGCGGUUCCAGGAAACGGCGGCCAAUGACGAUAACAACAACAACAGUAGCACCAGCAACAAACCAAUAGAUCCGCCCGCCGAAGCGGACUGCAGCGAGAGCAUCAUUCGGAACUACUUCAACAGCAAGCUCGAGAUGAACAAGAAGCUGUUCCUAAGUGCGCCGAUCUGCAACUACUCGGACGAGGACAAGUCGACCAUUAUCGACGCCUACGGUGGUGGCCGGAAGCCGGUCGAGAUGGUCGACAUAACGCUCGAUUUGAACAGCCUUCUGCCGAACAACGCGAGGCUGCCGGCGGAGAGUGUCGAUGAGGACACCGUAAACGCGACCCAUGACAAAUACCAUCACCAGAGCUCCUCGGACGAUGACUACAAAUCCAUGACUCCGACGCAGGAAGAGCAGGAAGAGAAUGAACAGCGGAAGCCAGCCGCGGGCAGCGGAAAGAAGGGUACGGCCACUUCCGGAGACGCCGAUGCGCUGACGGCCGAGGCAGUGGAACGGCUCAACCGUGAGCUCGUGUGCUGCCGCGAAAGCUUCGAGCAGGAGCGGAUGAAGUGGGCCGACGAGAAGGAGAAGGUUCUCGUCUACCAGCGGCAGCUGCAGAAGAACUACGUCGAGAUGUGCAAACGCACGCAAAACCUCGAACAGCAGCUCAAGGCGCAGCAACUCGAGGCUACGACCGCUGACACCGGCAACUAGCUUAUUCGGUGCUCCGCGCACCUGCAGUGCGUUAGACAAUUUAUCUCUAGCUACUCUUACUCCAAACUAUUUAAGCGUCUGCACCAGAUGCAUCUGUACGUGUAGUUUAGUGUAUUGUGUAUGCCUCUUUGGCUUCGAUCGCCAGGAUUCUUGCCCAACGGAGAAACUAGAAACAAAUGUUACAAUAGGUUCGCGAAAAGUAAGUCAUCGAGAGAACAGGAAGGAACGCGAGGCAGUGUCGCAAGACCAUCCCUAGCAGAGGACGGUUUACUUGACAUGUUAA